AGGUCACUUACCACGCAUAUAAUUAACACACUAACCACUACUAGAAGUAACCGGCAAGACGCGACGGAUGUGCGAAGUGAGUCCUCUGAGUAUGUGAGUAGAUGCUACAGCUUUCUUGACAAGACACAACAACUCCGACCUCCUCGUUACUUCUUGAAUACGAAAGCGAUGAAACUAAAGUAAACUACAUAAACCACCGCUUCAGCUGCUCUUCGACAAUGUCAAUGGCAAGUCUCGCAGCUGAUGAAGUAGUAGAAUCUAUGAACAACAACCUAGAGUCGCGUUUUUUUUCUGGUGGAAAUCGGGGAGGUAGGUAGUCUUCGGGGCGGGGGACCAGAGAAUACAACUUUAAUAGCUUUAGGUUUACGUUUAACAAGGGACACAGGACACAAGCAUCUUCAAAUACAAAAUGGAGUCCGGGCGCAUCUACGUCGACAUCACGACGAUUAUUUUUCCGGUCUUCAUGGGAUGGAGCGCGGCGCUGUCGUUACUUUUUCCCGCCUUCUACAAAAAGUACUUCUGUUGCACUAUGCGGAAACGGAAGGGCGAUUCAGCAUCUGAUUCGCUGUACACAACGUCGUCAUCCGGAAUUAUAAAAGCCUCAUCGAAACAACAGAAUAAAACUGGUACGAGAACAAAGAAGUCCGAUAAUGAAAGAUCCGAGUUGAACAAAGUAGCCGGGCCCUGCUCUACUACUUCGCCACAUCAAGCAGACGCAGCAGUAGAGCCGGCGGCAGCGACGUCUGCAGAACCCGUUGUAGAGCCGAAUGCAGUUGAAGAGACUGGAGCUCCAUUUCCACACGGAGCUGCUGUGAAUACCACUGCUAGUUCAUCUUCAUCCUGCUGCUCCACACCUACUUCGUCUCGCGGAGGUUCUUCAGGCAGAAACACGAUUUUUACUUCCUCACCGACUUCGGCAUCGAAGCUGCUCUUGGAGGAGAAGACAGAUAUCAUGCAGCAGAACAAGGUAAACAACACGUCGGAUAACGCUAGUAAAACCAAACAAGACGCUUCAUUUUCAUCAAAGCAAGGAGGAUCGGCGAGUCGUUUAGAACACACAACAACUUCCUGGUUCAACAUCAUCUCUUCGGUCAACCUGAAGAAGUUCCUCACCGACUACUGCGAUUCCAUCAAGGUUCCCAUCGACUUACCGCCGCUUAUGGGGCUCUCAAACGUUACAUUCUCAACUGUAUAGGUACAUGAUUUGUCAUGCAAAACCACUAUCACUAUUCACACGACCAAGCCUUCUUUGCAUGACAACUUCUCGACGCGCUAAAGAGCACUAUAAUCCGUCCCAAAUCUGUAAUGCAGAAGGCGCAAUCCUCCUCCUUUCACUUUUACCACUCUUGCAUUACAAAUUCAUGUAACAGUUGAGAGUGUAACGCUUGAGAACGCCAUACCGCUCCCCAUCACCGCGCAGCUGCCCGCGAUCACUGUUUGGGUUUUGUUCUCCAUCGCAGCAGAAGACGCGCUUUAUAUUGGGGUGUCGAUUCCGAUUGCCGUUGCGGGGGUGGUAUCCUGUGCAAAAAUAUCGUACUCGUAGGAAUCGCAGUCAUGCAAUACAAAUCUAGUUAUCACGGUCAAUCCGCAUUACAAAUUGCAUCUGUAAUGCUGAGCCAGUUUGUAAUGCAAUUUCUACUAGUACGAUACUUUUGCAAUGCAUAGGUGGUGAAUUUAAUGAUUUACCCGCUGGUCUACGACCGGGACAGGUAAGUACUUAUAGAGCUGCUUGUUCUCGAGGACCUUGAUGACCUUCUACUGCUUUAUUGAGGAAACAUAAUUUAGCAUGCUCUACUAGAAGUACUAGCCCCAAGAUGAACUCAGUACCUGCGCCGUUUUCUCAUCAUUUCAUGCGCAAAAAACAAAUGUUUAUCUUCAGGUACUACCACCAGUUCCUCGCCCAGCUGGUAGUCGCGGUACUGAUCAUUUUUGCCUGCAUUUUCUUUCUCGGGGUCGAAGAUGCGGGUCUCUGCGCGACCUGGGCCAGCGUGCUCGGCGUCCCGUAUUAUACCUCCGCUUUGUUCGGGAUGGCGACGGCGAUUCGGGAAGGCAAGCCGGAAGCGUUGGGGUCGCUUACCAUGAACUUCGCAGCGGUAUGAAAGCCUCAGGUUGGAAAUCCUCAAAGUAUAAUUUGUAUGUAAUGCAAAAAAACGACUCCAGUUGAAGCGCAGUUUCAGUUUGUAGUCGGCGCAUGACAAAUUUCCCGGGCACUUAAAGCAUGUCUGUCAUGCAGAUUAAGGCAAAGGGGUGUCCUUCUCUCGUGCUAAGCAGCACUCCAAUUCUUCACCCCUAGCAGGACAAUAGUCGGCCUCCAUUGCAUCCUCUGCAAUGCAGUCUUUUUUGCGUCGCAUUUCAUGCAUCACAAAUUAUUUCCACUUUGAGGAUUUCCAUUCUGAGGCUUUCAUAAGCGGUGUGCGCGGCGGCCAGCUGGAUGCUGCAGGGGUUGUUGGUGGCGAACGUGAUCUAUGAACUGCAAAAGUAUCGUACUCGUAUAAAUGCAUUCCAAAUUUUCUCAGCACGAGAAAGAAAAUUUGUAAUGCUGAUUUGCCUUGAGCUUGACGUAAUGCAAGACCUGCAUUUAUACGAGUACGAUAUUUUUGCACAGCAUAUGAUCGAGUUGUUCAUCGGCUGUCUGUGCUACACGAUAAUCAACGCUUGCGCACUAGUUUUGAACUUCUGUCUGCGGUCCGGGCCGGUGAUUCAGACCAUUUUGUCCAGUGGAUCGGAAACGGAAAAUAUGGAAAAUAAUAAAACUGCUGGAGGACUGCAAGAGCAAGAGAAGCGCAGCAGCGACGCUUCAUCUACGUCAAAUGAAGACAGGAACAAGGAUCUCGACAAGGCCAAAGAGGUAGAGUUCACAAGCACGACAAGUUCCUCUCGGGAUCAUUACUUCAACAAAGUCGAAUCUUCCUCUUCCUCCUCGCCGACGAAGGAGGGUACUGAAAUUAUGCUGUUGCGCAAUGCAAGCACGACGAGCAAUACAAGCACAGCCUUCUUCGAGGACCGGCCCAGUAACACGAGCACGCUGGCGUCGUCUGGUAGUGGCUAUCAAAUGUAAAAAUGUCUGGGUCUGGAAAUUUGUGAUGCUGGGUGGCGUCUCAUGAUGAGGCCACAAGUGCUGGCGCAGCAUGACAAGUUUCUGAGCUCCUGGGUGUUGCCUAUUCUGCAUGACAAACUGCGCUUCUGCAUCACAGAAAAACGGAGCUCUUGGGUAACGUGCAUGACAGAUUUAAAGAGUCAUGCCAGACAAGCAUGACAAACAUGCAUUCUUCCAGACCCAGACACUUUUACAUUUGAUAGUGGCGGGUCAACGACGACUUUCCAUGGCGCCGGUGGCGGUCCUCUCAGCAAUACAAACUCCGCUUUGAUGGUAACAACUCCCACAACCGCUGGCGCUGCAGGACAAGAGGGUAUUAGUACCGCAUCAACAGCAUACGCGGCCCUCGCCAGCCAGGUAUCCAAAAAACAGCACCCGCCCUCGCGCCCAAGCUUGGAGGAUGUGUCGAAAGCGUUGGAACAGGUGGCAAGACCGUCGCUGUGAACAAGGGACAGCGUUGUAGCGCUACUUUCUUCUACUUUUCGAACAUCGAGAAUACAAAACUUGUUUUCUAGAAAGCUAGCACAUUUCAUUGAAAAACGUCAUGUUUCUUCAAAAACUAACAGCAUAUUUUCCUACAGAACCUAGAGCUACUGAAAAACCCGCGAUAAGUUACUACCCCACUACUUUUAUCUCGGCAUCUCUACCCACGCAAACAGGAAUUUUAUGGGUUGAAAAUUUACCCGCAACGUGCACUACCCCGCCUACGAUACUGAUGCUAUGUAGCUGCUUUCCACAAGAAUAAGAGGACCCUAUACAAGUAGAAGCACCGCCUGGCCCGGCACUAUGGCGCACAAGUGCCGCGCCGCCGCAUUAGCCUGGAAGGUCGACUCAAGUUUGAGUGCAGGGCUUCGUAGGUCGUGCAGGGUAGUCUACAUAUCCCUGUACCAUUGCUAAGAAGCGUGCACGUGGUGCGCAUGACACCUGCCUUCUAUUUUUACUCUAAUUGCAACACCUCCAAAUCCUCCCGAGGGCUGGAGGGGUCGUGUUUCGAAUUUCUCUCUAAAAGAUAUUGACAGGUUUCCAUCGAAUUUUUCCACUAACAGAUUUAUUCCAAACUAAAUUGCUUAAACCUGCCACCUGGGGUUAAUCAAUUCAAUAUCCCAGCAUCUGCGAUAUUGAUACCUGUAUAGCAUGAAGCAGAUCAUGUUGACUUUACAAUCCAUUGGCAUUGUCUUUUUGGCACUACAAGUACGAAGCGUUGCAUUUUGUUGCAUUUUUGUCUAUUUCCUGCUGGUUGUGGUUGCCUGCUCUCGACGUCCUGAAAAUUUGCGCGCAGCUGCUGCGCUGACCGCGGCUAGUUAGGCCGCGCGGGCGCUGCUGCCGCAAAACAACAGGAUAGUUGAAGGUGCAGCAGCCUCGCAAUCGCAACAGAAAGAACAUUAUCUCUCAUUCUUAGUACAUCUUCAAGAUGAGCGGUCAAGGAGGAGCCGACUAGCGACCGAAAAGUAGUCUUUUUGUGACCGCUGGCACGCUUUAUUUCUUGAAAUUCACGAUGAAAGAUAGGACUUUCCUUUCACAUACAGAUUUGGACCAGGGAAUAAAUAGUAUCAAAAAAUCAACGCCUAAACGUAAUCAGGAGGAGAAUAAAAGCCUCUAAGUACUCCACUACGUCGUAUGGGUACGAAAGGCAAUAGUUCUAGAAUUCCCCUUUUUGCAGCAGCUGCUACACGCCGAUCAUACCUACCAACCUGAGUGUGAACCUUAUUCAAAAAAAAAAUACCUAUCCUUUUCCGUUUCGUCCGUAUAUUUUCUUCGUUUCGAGCUUUUCCUGUCUACACGUCCACGCACGCGCACCCAUACCGAAACCACCAAAAGAACAUCUCGGGUAGAUGUCAAAAAUGCAAUGAAUCGAUUUCAAUUUUGUAGAGUUUCUUUUUGAAAGAUUUGAAGCUACUUGUGGUCAGAUGGACCAACAUAGAACUUAU